GCGCGGAAUCUCAGCCAGGAACGUCGUUGAUCGACAUUUCGCCCGACAUGAAGCCCUUAAUCCUCAUCUGUUGCGUCACGGUCGUCGUCGUCAGCUCCGAGAACGACGGUUGGGUUUGGAAGGACGACGAGCAAAGGAGCAGAGUCGAUAAACCGAGGUACCAGGUAAACGAGAACCUGGAAGAUUUGGACAUCGGACGGCCUUUCACAGGAUUUAGACCACAAAAUGGUGGACCUUACGGUCCUAACAGUAGACCCAUUGUGCCAGCAUCGUAUCCUGGCAACAAAGAGGUUCUUGUCGGUCCUGGCGGGCCAACGGGCAUUGUAAAAAGGCCACCCUACAACGGGGGCAUCGACGAUGGUUAUUCGGACGCUGGUUACGUGCCACCCUGGAUAAAGGACGACCCUAGGUAUCGAGAGUACGACACUUGCAGAUGCAGAUACAGUUUCAAUUGUCCAACCAACGGAUUGAAAUUCGGAGCUUGCUCGAAGGACAAGAAAUAUUGCUGCUUCAGCAGCAGAAAGUACCCGGCGUUGGUUUCUGGACCGUCUGGAGGAGGACAAUUUCCUCCAUACCAGGGUAUUCCAAAUAAAUACGGUCCAGCGAGUUUCGUUCAGUCGCCAAAUUACUACGGCAAUCGAAGGCCGCAAGGAAACUUCAACGCUGGCAACAGAUACCCGUCUGGAAAUUAUCAUUUCCCAGGGGAGAACGUCAACUCCUACCCAAGACCUAACGGCAACCCCUAUCAAAGACCUCCUGGCAGCCCUUACGGGCUGAACUACGAUAACGACUACGACGACUUCGACGUCUACAGUCGAUCUCUGAAGAAAAAUCAAACGGAGACUGAGACGAGCUCGACUUAAUUUAAAUAUAGUCUCCAUCUAAACGCGACGCGUGAAAUACACGUCGGGUCGUUUCAGAAGUCCCCCGAUAGAUUGUUUAUAGGUACUUCUGAUAAACCGGAACGAUCGAUGCGAAAAUGGUUGAUUAAUCGAGAU